GUCGAUCUCCUCGCUAUCUCGCGGGUGUGGCAGACUGUCGCUACUAGUUUCGACCUUGAUAUGAACGUCUAGAUUUGGCCCUUAUCCUUCACAAAAUUCCAGAGCCAUCCGGCAAGCUGAGUGCUCGAUCAUGGCUCUGCUAACAACGCUCGACGUUGAGGCGCUUCUUCGUGAGACGCUCCAGAUUGAACUGUCCAAUCACUCGAGAGAUCUGGACCAGGCUUGUCCCCUCUGCACGGUUGCAAUUGGUUGGGACGAAGUGCUGAAGAGUCUACGGAGACUGUGCCAGCGAUGAAUGGGCGUCGUUGUGCCUUAUCUCUGCGGUCUGCCCAAAGCGGAAACGCCCAUCCUCUAGCCGCUCCCUGUGCUGAUAAGAGCUCUGCAUGAGAAUUCUACAAGAUGCUGAGGCGGGCCAGAGUCUCACGAGCAUUUCCAUUUCCGCGGCAUCGUUUGCUUGCAUCUCAUGUGCCUCGAAGAGGUGAUACACCUCCUUGGACACUUGCUGGGCAUCUGCGGCGCAGACUUGGAGACUUGCUUCUGCGAUACCCUUGGCGGCUUAAUGUCGGCAGAUAGACCCCUCCAUGGCGCGUCCCUUGUUCAGC